AUGGUAAACAAAGAGAAAGCCGUCAAGCGCUGCGAGACCUUGAUCACGCACACUCGGCUGCUGCAACAGACCACACAGACUGCGCUCAAGAAAGCAGGUCUCUCCAGCAUUGAUGAUCUGGUGAAACAAGUCACUGCUGAGCUUCCAAAGAAGGAAGCGGAUACUUUCCUGGCGGAGCUCGACAAGAUGAAGCCAACCGAUGGCAUGAUAAACUUGCUCACUGGAGGAGCUAAAGAGUUCGUUGACAUUGGAAUCUACCUCAGCAAGACUGUUUCUUCAUUCCUUGCUUGGAAGGGAUUGGCUUUGGAGUCCAAAGCGUUCACCAGGAUUGGCCACGCAUACGCCAGGACGAUUGCGCAAAGAGCCGUGGCUCUGGAGGCAUCCCAAGCUGCGCUGGCGGCUUCGAACAGUCAAAUGUCCGCAAGUGAGAUUGCAAACUUGACUGAGAAGUUCAAGAUUGGAACUGCGGAGGAGAUCCCAAUCAUUGAAGAACAAGGCGGAAUCGCGCUUACCUCUGAGGAAAUCGUUGCGCAAGACGCCCUAAGUGUUGUACGGGCGGGCAUGUUGGAGGAAGAGAUCAUCGGGGCCGAGGCGAUUGCUGCAGCUCGAGGGCUUGCGCGAGCUGGCAUCUAUGGACUUAUCGCAGCGGUGGUUAUCUUUGGGGCCAUGGAACUCUUUUCCAGUCUCAGAGAAGACGCACAAGCUGCGAAACUCAAGGCAAUCAUUGACAAGACUUCGACUGCUCGGCUCUACGUCCAAGUCGAAGAAAAGACCGCAGUGGCGUAUUCGUCUCUAAAUGCUGAGAUUGAGAACAUUGCGGAAGCAUACGUUGACAGGGAGGCCAAACCCCAAAAGUUCCAGAAAGCACUCGAUCGAUUCACGAAGUCGGCCGGCAAUUUGCUACCGAACGUAGAUGAGGUCUACGCCCAGCUCUUCGAGGGUGAUGCGCAGGGAGGGUCAUGGGUUGGGGAUGACCCAUCUCUGGAGCAAAUGAAGAGUAUGCAUGAUGAUGAGAUCAGAGUCCGUAAUAGCUAG